AUGCAAGAAAGAAGGCUUAAGAUGCAAGCCGAUUUGGAAGAGGAUGGAUCAGAGGAUGGAAGAUCUGAUGCAGAGGAUAUUGAGAGUGAGCAAGGGGAGUUUGAGAUUGGAGUGAACCUUGUUCAAGAGGAGGGAAAUGGUUCUCCAAAUGAAGAAGGAAGUGAUGAGACUGAGAGUGAAGAGGAAGGAGAAGAGGUGAACCAAUUGGUUGAUGAAGAUGAGCAAGAGGGGAACCAAGAUGAGCCAAUGGAGGAGGCUGAGGAAGAGCAAGAGGAGGAUGAGCUCCCCAUGUACCAAGAGCACUACAAUGCUCUCUUCUCCAUGGACUUUGUGGAGACCAAGCAUCACGAGUUUGAUGAGCUCGAUCGAGCUGAGUUGGACCAAGGCUGGGGGUACAUAACGUUCUUGGCAAAGGGAGAGAAGAAGAUGGUGACCUUUAGGCAGCUUGAGAUACUGUUUGGGUUCACUAUGGAGAAGGAACCUGUCCAAGGCUGCCAGAUCAGAAGUCCUGUGCUUAGAUAUGUCCACAAGGCUCUUGCAAACACCUUCUUUGCAAGGAAAGCCACUGGAACAAUCAAUGAGGGAGAAGUGAAGCUCCUUGACAUGGGAAUCAAGCCUAUCAUCUCACGCACAAGGGAUGGGAAGAAGAUCAGAGGAGAUAGGGCACACGCAGGGAAUCUCAUGCCUCUCCUUGAGCAGCUCCAAGCCUACAAGGUCACAGCUUACAACACUAGGCACCAAGAGGAAGAAAGCUUAGUGUUGGAGGGGUGA